CAAAGAUGGGCCACUCCCAGCUUGCUGAAUAGGUACACCCGCUCCAGUCUCAUCGUGGAGUUCGGAAUCUAGGUGUUGAACCUGCGGCGCAGGAGCUGGGUGAAAUGCGGGCCAUGGCUCAUCUCUCAUGACCUUGCUACUAAAGAACGCCCUGCUGCCCUGGCGCCCCUCCUUCUGCAAACCACAUUUUCUGCAGCAGCACGCCUGUUUUUAGCUGGCUUCCUGCUAGGAUAACCGUCCACCUUGCUGCUUGGUGGCUUGGACAGAGAAAAAUCAGCAGGCGGCAUCAGCUUGCAAACCAGCGCAAGCGAACCCAUCUUUUUCCUGGCAAAACAUGAAGUGAAGAUUGUCUUGCCUGGAGACUCAAUCUCUUUCCUGGCACUCACCAAACGCAAUGGAGAUGUCUGGCCUUCCACGGGCGUGGCCGUCCACUCAGGAGCUCAUCCAGCCGGCUGCCCCCAUUGGCGAGGACGCGCCAACUUUCCUGGCCGUGAGCAAAUCGUGGAGACCCUACCAAGACCAGUGGCUGGAAGCCCCCCUCCCCUUCCUGAAGCGCACCCCCCGCUGCUACUACCGUUGGCGCUGGCUGGUUCUCUACCCCUUCCAAUGGCGCCUCUUCCGCGGGCUCACCACCGUCGGCGAGCUGCUCCUCAUCCUAGUUCUUCUCGCCGUCGGCGCCGCGGCCGCAUAUGCGGCGGGCCAUGGGUUCUCGUUCCGCUCGGACGUGCCCCCCGGAAGCAACCACCAGCCUGUUCUGAGCACGGGGAGCAUCGCACAGGUUCCCUUGCUGCUCGUCUGGACGCUCGCGUGUCACAAUAGCUUAUGGACGUUCCUCCUGGGGAUACCCUUUGAGCGGGCCCUGUUCUGGCACAAGCUCAUGGUGUGGCUCAGUCUGGGGCUCGGGGCUUAUCACGGCGUGUUGGGACAGCUCAGCAAGGGCGAGGAUCCAAACCACCGAGUCACGGGCUACGCCCUCGGCGGCAUCAUGCUCGCUCUAGUUGUCACGGCCUGGUCGGGCGUGCGGCGGGCCCUGUUCGACUGGUUCUACCGCAGCCACUGGGUGCUUUUCAUAGCGUCGGCCGUCGUCGCCGUCAUGCACGGGGCCUCCCUGGUGCUCAUCGGCGUCGGGCUCUGGGGCUUCGACGUCGUCGCCCGGUCCUACAUGGCGAAAUGGAAGCAUGCAAAAGACGGGGACGUUGCACGGUUGCCCGGGGACGUCGUGCGCAUCGAGUGGCCCCGCGAGGGUUUCCAGUACUUUGGGGGCCAGAACGUGUUCAUCUGUGUGCCAAAGAUUUCGGUUUGGGAGUGGCACCCAUUCAGCUUGUCGUCACACCCGGGUGCGGACAAGGUGACGGUGCAUAUUCGAGUGCUGGGGGACUGGACCAAGCGCCUGUACGACCUUGCCUCGCAGACGGACGACGCUCAACCCAUCCAGUUCCUGUUCGAGGGACCGUACGGAUCUCCUUCGGUCGACGUCUGUGGCGACAAGUACCAGAUGUUUCUGCUGAUUGCGGGCGGGAUCGGGAUCACACCGAUGCAGUCCAUGGUCAACACGCUGAUGGCCGACGCCCACCGCGGCCGCCCCGUGAAGAAGGUCUGGCUCGUGUGGUCGGUGCGCGACGAUCACCUGAUCCGUUCCGUCCUUCCGCACGACGGCGUGUACGAGCGGAAGCAGCUGCCAAAGCGGCUGCCCACGAGUUUCUCGCCUGACGUCAUCGCGGAUGACCUCAGCGCGGACCCGGGUGACGUCCAGCCGGAGAAGCCGCUCAAGGAGGCGCGCCAGCUGCAUACCGAGUUCUACCUCACGCAGGUGAGGGAUCCCUCCGGCUUUGCGGACGCCAACAUCCAGCCGGAGCUGCAGCCGUACCUGCGCUUCGGACGUCCGGACCUGCCGCGGAUCUUCGAACAGAUGCGCGAGCUCGCGGCCGCGUAUGGCGAAACUAGGGUGGCGACGCUCGUGUGCGGACCGCCCGGGAUGAUUGCGGACGUCCGACGGCUGAGCAGCCGGCACAGAGUGAACGGGGUGCGGUUCGACUGCCACGUGGAGACGUUCGAGUUGUAGGUUGAUUGAGUUGCACGGGUUCAGGAGUUGGGAGCUUGGUCAUUCGAGGGUCGCGCGUUUUACAGCAGAUUCAGGGUUUAUUGAACGGUAGAAUUGUGUACGUUCGCACAGGCCGCAUGCUGCCGACUUUCGACAGUCAAGUCUGACGCAUCGGUUUGGCUUCUCAAGUUAAGCGCACCUAUCUCAAUGACCUUCAAUCUGCAUGGUCCACAACCGCUUGCUGGGCCCGAAAAUAAUGUUCGCAAGCCUUCCUACACACCCGACCCGCGUUUGGGACGAGAUUUGACUACAG